AUCUUGAAUAGCUCGUACAACGAUAGCAAUACAAACGUAACCAUUGACUUUUACCAACUCAACAUCACAUCGUUUCAGACCCAGAUAUACCCAAACCUCGCCAAGACUAGCCUUGUAGGAUACAACGGAAUAUCCCCAGGGCCAAUCUUUAGAGUACAACGCGGCGUACAAAGCGUGGUACGCGUUGUAAAUCACAAUGAUCAGCCAUCUGUACUACAUCUCCAUGGAUCAAACUCUCGCGCAGUCUGGGACGGCUGGGCCGAGGAUUUAAUCCAGCCAGGCGAGUACAAGGACUACUACUUUCCGAACUCGAAUACCGCCAGAACUCUUUGGUACCACGACCACGCAAACAUGAUCACCUCUGUCAACUUGUUCAGUGGUCUAGCGGGCUUCUACAUCAUCGAAGAUGCCGAGGUAGAGGCCCGACUUGGCUUACCUCAAGGCAAAUAUGACAUUCUACUCGCUCUCAACUCGAAGCAAUACACUUCCACCGGUAAUCUUACUUCGGUAGCUCAAGAAACCAGCAGCGUCUACGGUGAUAUCAUCGAAGUAAACGGACAACCUUGGCCAUUCCUAUCAGUCGAGCCCCGAAAAUACCGAUUUCGAUUUUUAAACUCAGCUCUUAGUCGAACUUUUAUCCUCAGCAUAGUGGAUAGAAGCAGCGGAAGCAAUGUCACAUUGCCCCUCCAAGUCGUCGCAUCAGACUCUGGAUUUCUGAGUACCACGGUAACGACCACUGAGUUGACUACCGCCAUGGCAGAGAGAUGGGAAGUGAUUGUCGAUUUUUCUGGUUUCGAGAACCGCAAUUUGACUCUUAUGAACCAACGAAAUGUUUUUGACUCUCAAGACUUUUCAGAGACUAAUCUCGUCAUGCAAUUCAAUGUGGGAUCAACAGUUUCUUCCAACGCAAACAACAAUUCGCCUCCGUCAUCUUUAAUCUCAAUAGCCUCUCCACCCACUGGCAACCUUGUUCACCGGACAUUCAAGUUUGACAAAUCGGAUGGCGAGUGGGUGAUUAACGGUGUGCCGUUUACCGAUGUCAAGAACAGAGUUCUUGCAGCGCCUCAAUCAGGAGCCUCGGAGGUUUGGGUUCUGGAGAAUCAUAAUCCAUAUUGGAGCCAUCCGAUUCACGUCCAUCUGGUCGAUUUCCAGCUCAUAUCUCGCUCAGGCGGCCGCAACACCGUUGAGCCCUACGAGAAAGCAGCCCUCAAAGACAUCGCCGUGCUCGGCCCAGAAGAAACAGUCACAAUAGCAGUUUCCUUCGCCCCGUUCUCUGGCGUGUACAUGUUUCACUGCCACAACGCCAUCCACGAAGAUCAUGCGAUGAUGGACGCUUUCAACCUCACGGCCGUUCAGGGACUGGGCUACAAUGCGUCGGACCUGGUGCUUGCUGACCCAUUAGACGCCGAGUGGCGCGCAAAGAGUUAUACUGGCGCAGUUGCUCAGUCGAGCGUAGAUGAUGUACUGGCAUCUUUUGCCGCAACAGGGGCAUAUAACGAGGACGUGUUAACGGAAGCAGUUAACCAAACUUCCCAAACUUCUGAAGGUGGCUUUACAUAUCCUCGGUCCGCGGCUAUGUAUGUAGUCGGCCUUUUGCUCUGUGUUUUUGUUUUCAUUUGA